CCCGCCGCCCGGGGACCCGGCGAGGGGCGGGGGCAGCUCCGAACCGGCCCCGGAUCCUCCCCGCUGCCGCCUCACGCUUCCCGGAAAGCUUGCCCCUCUCACUCCGCGGAGCUGCUCCGGGAGCCCCGUCGCGCCGAGGGAGGCCCUAGGGACCCUCUACCCUCAAAGACAGGGUAUCUCCCAGAGCCCCAGCUGGUGUGGCCAGGCCCCAGGAAUAGGAUGGGGCUCCCCCUACGAGGGCCGGUGGCAGCCAGAACUGAUACAGCCCCUUUGGUCUGGGGCCAGGACGCCAGCUGAGGAGGGCAGGAGUGUCUGGAGCCAUGGCUGGUGCCUCAGUGAAAGUGGCCGUGAGGGUUCGGCCCUUUAACGCCCGUGAGACCAGCCAGGAUGCCAAGUGUGUGGUCAGCAUGCAGGGUAACACCACCUCCAUCAUCAAUCCUAAACAGAGCAAGGAUACCCCCAAAAGCUUCACCUUUGACUACUCCUACUGGUCACACACUUCGGCGGAGGACCCCCAGUUUGCAUCUCAGCAACAAGUGUAUCGGGACAUUGGAGAAGAGAUGCUGCUCCAUGCUUUUGAAGGCUACAACGUGUGCAUCUUUGCCUACGGGCAGACUGGGGCUGGGAAAUCCUAUACCAUGAUGGGCCGACAGGAGCCAGGGCAGCAGGGCAUCGUGCCCCAGCUCUGUGAGGACCUCUUCUCUCGCGUUAGUGAGAACCAGAGUGCUCAGCUAUCCUACUCUGUGGAGGUGAGCUAUAUGGAGAUCUAUUGUGAGCGGGUACGAGACCUCUUGAACCCCAAGAGUCGGGGUUCUCUGCGGGUCCGGGAGCACCCCAUCCUGGGCCCCUACGUGCAGGACCUGUCCAAAUUGGCUGUGACCUCCUAUGCGGACAUUGCUGACCUCAUGGACUGUGGAAAUAAAGCACGGACUGUGGCUGCCACCAACAUGAAUGAGACCAGCAGCCGUUCCCAUGCUGUCUUCACCAUUGUCUUCACACAGCGCUGCCAUGACCAGCUUAGUGGGCUGGACUCGGAGAAGGUCAGUAAGAUCAGUUUGGUGGACCUUGCUGGGAGUGAGCGGGCUGACUCCUCAGGGGCCCGGGGCAUGCGCCUGAAGGAGGGUGCCAACAUCAAUAAGUCCCUGACUACUCUGGGAAAGGUGAUCUCGGCUCUUGCGGAUAUGCAAUCAAAGAAGCGGAAGUCGGAUUUUAUUCCCUACAGGGACUCUGUGCUCACCUGGCUGCUCAAGGAAAAUUUGGGUGGGAACUCACGCACAGCAAUGAUUGCAGCCCUGAGCCCUGCUGACAUCAAUUACGAGGAGACUCUCAGCACUCUCAGGUAUGCUGACCGCACCAAGCAAAUCCGCUGCAAUGCCAUCAUCAAUGAGGACCCCAAUGCCCGGCUAAUUAGAGAGCUACAGGAGGAGGUGGCCCGGCUGCGGGAGCUGCUGAUGGCUCAGGGACUGUCAGCCUCUGCUCUGGAAGGCCUGAAGACAGAAGGGAGUGUCGGAGGUGCCCUGCCAGCUGUAUCGUCUCCCCCCGCUCCAGUGUCACUGUCAUCGCCCACCACACAUAACGGGGAGCUGGAGCCGUCAUUCUCCCCCAAUACGGAGCCCCAGAUUGGGCCUGAAGAAGCCAUGGAGAGGCUGCAGGAGACAGAGAAGAUUAUAGCUGAGCUGAAUGAGACAUGGGAGGAGAAGCUACGCAAGACAGAAGCCCUGAGGAUGGAGAGAGAAGCGUUGCUGGCUGAGAUGGGGGUGGCCGUCCGGGAGGAUGGGGGAACUGUGGGCGUCUUCUCUCCAAAGAAGACUCCCCACUUGGUGAACCUGAAUGAAGACCCUCUGAUGUCUGAGUGUCUGCUCUACCACAUCAAAGAUGGCAUCACCAGGGUCGGCCAGGUAGAUAUGGACAUCAAGCUGACUGGACAGUUCAUUCGGGAGCAACACUGUCUGUUCCGGAGCAUCCCUCAGCCAGAUGGAGAAGUGGUGGUCACUCUGGAGCCUUGUGAAGGAGCUGAGACAUAUGUGAAUGGGAAGCUUGUGACAGAACCGCUGGUGCUGAAGUCAGGGAAUAGAAUUGUGAUGGGCAAGAACCACGUUUUCCGCUUCAAUCACCCGGAGCAGGCGAGGCUGGAACGGGAACGAGGGGUCCCUCCGCCCCCAGGACCGCCCUCUGAGCCAGUCGACUGGAACUUUGCCCAGAAGGAACUGCUGGAGCAGCAAGGCAUCGACAUCAAGCUAGAGAUGGAGAAGAGGCUUCAGGAUCUGGAGAAUCAGUACCGGAAAGAAAAGGAAGAAGCCGAUCUUCUGCUGGAGCAGCAGCGACUGUAUGCAGACUCGGACAGCGGGGAUGACUCUGACAAGCGCUCCUGUGAAGAGAGCUGGCGGCUCAUCUCCUCCUUGCGGGAGCAGCUGCCACCCACUACGGUCCAGACCAUUGUCAAACGCUGUGGUCUGCCCAGCAGUGGCAAGCGUAGGGCCCCUCGCAGGGUUUAUCAGAUCCCCCAGCGACGGAGGCUUCAGGGCAAAGACCCUCGCUGGGCCACCAUGGCUGACCUGAAGAUGCAGGCAGUGAAGGAGAUCUGCUACGAAGUGGCCUUGGCUGACUUCCGCCACGGGCGGGCUGAGAUUGAGGCCCUGGCCGCCCUCAAGAUGCGGGAGCUGUGUCGCACCUAUGGCAAGCCGGAGGGCCCCGGAGACGCCUGGAGGGCUGUGGCCCGGGAUGUCUGGGACACCGUGGGCGAGGAGGAAGGAGGUGGAGCUGGCAGUGGUGGUGGUAGCGAGGAGGGAGCUCGAGGGGCAGAGGUGGAGGACCUCCGGGCCCACAUCGACAAGCUGACGGGGAUUCUGCAGGAGGUGAAGCUGCAGAACAGCACCAAGGAUCGGGAGCUGCAGGCCCUGCGGGACCGCAUGCUCCGCAUGGAGAGGGUCAUCCCCCUGGCCCAGGAUCAUGAGGAUGAGAAGGAAGAAGAAAGUGGUGAGGUCCCCUGGGCCCCACCUGAAGGAUCAGAGGCAGCAGAGGAGGCAGCCCCCAGUGACCGCAUGCCGUCAGCCCAGCCCCCCUCACCACCACUUUCAAGCUGGGAGCGGGUAUCACGGCUCAUGGAGGAGGACCCUGCCUUCCGUCGUGGUCGUCUUCGCUGGCUCAAGCAGGAGCAGCUGCGGCUGCAGGGACUGCAGGGCUCUGGGGGCCGGGGUGGGGGGCUGCGCAGACCUCCAGCCCGCUUUGUGCCCCCUCACGACUGCAAGCUGCGCUUCCCCUUCAAGAGCAACCCCCAGCACCGGGAGUUCUGGCCAGGGAUGGGGAGUGGGGAGGCUCCAGCUCCACCCCAACCCCCUGAGGAGGUCACUCCCCCUCCAGCCACCCCUGCUCGCAGGCCUCCAAGUCCCCGAAGGUCCCACCAUCACCGCAGGAACUCCCUGGACGGCGGGGGCCGAUCCCGAGGAGCAGGUUCUGCACAGCCUGAACCCCAGCACUUCCAGCCCAAAAAGCACAACUCUUAUCCCCAGCCACCCCAACCCUACCCAGCCCAGCGGCCCCCAGGGCCCCGCUACCCCCCAUACACUACUCCCCCACGAAUGAGACGGCAGCGCUCUGCCCCUGACCUCAAGGAGAGUGGGGUGGCUGUGUGAGUCCCACAUCCUGGGCAGAGGGCCUGGUGGGGCCCCUUGCCAGGAGAAGGGAAGACGCCUGAGUGGCUGCUUCCCCAGAAGUGCUGGGGCAGGGAGGCCCAGAAGAUGAGAAAGAAGGUCCGAGUAGGUGAUGGAAGACGAGUGGAUACUGAGCCGGAGGCUGAGGAAAGGAAGGGGCACGGAGUUGCCAGGAGCAAACCAAAGUGAAGGGAGAGAUAGGAAGCUGCCUCGGGGCCACCCCUUGCCAGGGGGUGGGUCCCACAAACGCUGCUAUGGGUGGGGUGGGGGGCUGGGGUGCUGCGUAGCCAGUGUUUGACUUUCUUAUCAAGUAGGGGAAAGGGGGAGAAGACUGAGAGUGAGGCGAAUUCUCCCCAGCCCCUGUCUGUCUGUGGUGGUUUCUGUUUCUAGGGAGGCAUGGUAGGAUCAUAAGUCAUUCCCCUUCCCUUCUAGGCCUCCUGCUAUAUUUGGGGGACCUCACUGGUUUGGCUGGAGUCCCAUGAGAAUGUGGGCCCUUUAAUAAAGGAUAGCAAACAGGGA